GGAAUCAAUUUUUAACCCACCCCUUGACGCUUUCACCGAGUCACGUGACUGAGUGACGUUCAUCCACCUUUCAGUACAAGUUGCAUGGCCCGUUCACGAUGACUACCCAACAAAAUCAGCCAAAACGUGGAAUUGUGAAACAAAUCCUCUCUGGGGAUUCUGUAAUAAUCCGGGGCCCCACCGGAGCACCUCCCCCCGAGAAACAAAUCAAUUUUUCGGGGAUCGUCGCCCCCAAGUUGGCCCGCAGAGCCGGAGACCAGUCCGAACCGACGAAAGACGAGCCAUGGGCUUGGGAAGCUCGCGAGUUCCUCCGCAAAAAGCUCAUCGGAGAGGAGGUUUUCUUCACCUCAGAGAAGCCCCCGAAUGCCAAUCGGGAGUACGGCACGGUGUAUUUGGGCAAAGACUUCAACUCGGCCGAAAACAUCACCGAGUCGUUGGUCUCGGAGGGCCUUGUGACGGUGCGUCGCGAGGGCGUCCGGCAGAGCCCUGAGGGGGCCCGUCUGGCCGAGCUCGAGGACGCCGCCAAGGCCGCCGGUAAGGGUAAAUGGGGCAGCAGCCCCCCUUCAGAGCACGUCCGAGACAUCAAAUGGUCGGUUGAGAACAUGCGCUCUUUCGUCGAUAAAUUGGGGUACAAGCCCGUGAAGGCCAUCAUUGAACACGUCCGCGAUGGCUCCACUGUCCGUGCGUUCCUCCUCCCUGAGUUCUACCACGUCACGCUUAUGAUUUCGGGAAUUAGGUGUCCCGGUUUUAAACUGGACGCUAAUGGUAAGCCCGACCCCAGCAUUAAGGUUCCAUAUGCUGAAGAGGCUCGCUAUUUCGUUGAAAUUCGUCUCUUGCAAAGAGAAGUUGAUAUUGUUUUGGAAUCGGUCAAUAAUAAUAAUUUUGUGGGUACUAUUAUCCAUCCGAAAGGCAACAUUGCUGAAGCUCUGUUGAAAGAGGGCUUCGCCCAUUGCGUUGAUUGGUCGAUUGCGUUUAUGAAGUCGGGGGUUGAAGGUUUGAGAGCUGCUGAGAAAAAAGCGAAAAUGGCCCGGCUUCGGAUUUGGAAAGACUGGCAAUCGAAUGCACCGCAGGUUACGGGCAAAGAAAAGGAGUUUUCGGCUACAGUUGCUGAAGUUAUUAAUGGAGAUGCACUCUCUGUUAAGUUGAACAAUGGCCAAUAUAAGAAGAUCUUUUUGUCGAGUAUAAGACCACCGAAAGAGCCAGGCCGUGUUGCCGAUGAAGACGGCAAGACUGCCCCGAGACCUAAAGGAUUCCGUCCACUGUACGAUAUUCCAUGGAUGUUUGAAGCAAGAGAGUACUUACGCAAGAAACUCAUCGGUAAGAAAGUCCACGUCGUCAUUGACUACAUCCAAGAAGCCAGAGACGGUUACCCUGAAAAAGUUUGCGCUACUGUUACAGUUGGUGGAAAAAAUGUUGCCGAAGCACUUGUUGCAAAAGGUCUCGCGUCCGUUGUGAAAUACCGCCCUGAUGACGAUCAACGUAGCUCCAAAUACGAUGAUCUUUUGGCUGCCGAAAGCAAAGCCAUGAAAUCAGGAAUCGGGAUUCAUAACAAGAAGGACGUUCCGAUUCACCGAGUGACUGAAAUUGAUGCUGCCAGAGCCAAACUCGAAUUGUCUUCCUUCCAACGUGCACAAAGAAUCGACGCCGUUGUUGAAUUUGUCGCCAGUGGAACCAGAUUAAGAGUUUUCAUACCGAAAUCGAACAGUUUAUGUACCUUUUUGUUAGGAGGUAUAAAUUGUCCGCGCGCUUCCCGCCAAGCAACCAAUGCCCAGCCCGCCGUCGAAGGCGAACCUUUCGGUGAUGAAGCAUUGCAAUUUACAAAGGAAAAGUGUCUUCAGAGAGAAGUUUCGAUUCAAGUUGAUACUCACGACAAAGCCGGCAAUUUCAUUGGCUGGCUCUGGAUUGACAAUGUUAACUUAUCGGUCGCUCUCGUUAAAGAAGGUUUCGCUUCCGUGCACCGCACCGGAGAAAAAUCACAAUAUGCUGCCCUCCUCAAAGAAGCCGAAGACAGUGCCAAACAACACCGUUUACGAAUAUGGAAGAACUACGAAGAGGAGAAAGAGGAACCACACGCAGAAGAGGAGAAACCCAACGUUGAGCGAAAAGUGAGUUACGAGGAAGUGGUGGUGACAGAAGUCACCCCCGAGGGUUCGUUCUUCGUCCAAACCAUCUCCGAGGGUCCCAAAGCCGAAGCGUUGAACGCCAAACUUCGCCAAGAAUUCCAAGCCAAUCCGCCCCUUCCCGGCGCCUACACUCCAAAGCGUGGCGACAUCUGUGCUGCCAAAUACACCGUUGACGACGAGUGGUACAGGGUUAAGGUCGAGAAGGUGCAAGGGGGCAAGGCCUCCGUUCACUACAUCGACUACGGCAACCGCGAAACGCUUCCAAGCACCCGCCUCGCCAGUCUACCCGCCGCCUACGCAGGGGAGAAGCCCUACGCCACCGAAUACAUCCUGCCUUACGUCACCCUGCCCAAAGACGAGGAAUACGCUGCGAUGGCCCUCAAGUAUCUGCGAGAGGACACGGCGGUCAGCAAACUGCUGCUGAACGUCGAGUAUCGCGUGCAAGGGGGCCCAUCUGCCGCUUCGCUCCAUACUGAUAAUACUGCAGAAGGGGAUAUUAUCAAGAAUUUGAUCACGGAGGGGUUGCUCCUGGUCGAGAACAGAAAGGAGAGACGGCAGAAUAAAUUGCUUGGCGCGUACAAGGAGGCCCAGGAAGUGGCCAAGAGGAACCAUUCGAACAUUUGGGAGUAUGGUGACAUCACUGAAGAUGAUGCCAAGGAGUUUGGACUGGGGAAAUGAGGGACCAUUCAUUCAGAGCGACAUUAACCUACAUUAAAUUUUAAAACUAGCUGUGGGUUGCAAAACUUCUCUAGUAGACUUUCCAUUUAACUAGGAUAGAUGCCAAUAUAGGAUAUAUUUUUAUCCAGCACCAUUAUUAUACAGAUGUUGAUGUGUAUGUUUAUUUUAUAUGGUUUGUACAAUAUGGAAAUUAUGAAUGGAAUAUUGUGGCCUUUACAUAAUGUUUUACAUUUUUAUUAACACUUUUAUGUUUAAAUUCGUUCACUUGACGCAUUCAAUUUUACUUUUUAUGUAUAUUUCUGGUUGUGACAAUUUAUUUUUACACGAUUUCCUGUAUAUUUUGGCUAAUCGAACAGCUACCUUUCGUAUUAUGUAUAUUUUGUGCCCUAUGUUAAUCGUAUCUCUUAUUCAAAUUUAUGUUAUUUAUAAGUUAUCAGGUGUAAUAUCAUUACUUCAAAUGAUUUGAUUAAUAAGUAUAAUCCAACUUGAUUCAUUCAAGUUUUGAGUGCAUCUGGUCAUGACACACAGACUGGGUAUAAUUUUAUGUACGUACUGUAAAACAAUUUUUACUUCGAUUGAAGGCGUGGAUGUAACUAAUGUAGGGAGUGGCUCUGUGUAAAUUAAAUAAAAGCAUUAUUGUUA